AUGGCUCGAGGCGCACCCACUGGUAUCACAGUGAUAAUUGUGGGCCUGGGGAUUGCUGGACUCAGCGCCGCCAUUGAAUGCCAUCGGCAGGGCCAUACGCUUACACAACCCAAUCUGGGCGUAGGCGACAUAAUUGGCCUCAGUGGAAACGGGCUCAAAGUCCUCUCGCGGUGGUCGCUCACAGAGGAGUCAAUCGUCUCCCGUCUUGCUGCUGUUGGCAGCGAACUAAGCUCGGUCGAAGUGUAUAGCGACGCGGGUGAAUGCAAGCAUGUCAUUCCUUUUGGCGCCGAUGAUCCGGCCCAGGGACUGUUUCUGCGUCGGUCCGAUCUAGUCAAUGAGAUGUAUCGGCAUGCCACAGUCGAUUUGGGUUUGGAUCUGAGAUUCGGAGUGACCGUAGACGAGUACUGGGAAACAGAGACCGCAGCCGGUGUGAGUAUCAAUGGGAAGGAAAAGAUUACUGGCCACUGCAUCAUUGCAUCAGACGGCUUGUAUAGCAAAGCUAGGGCCAUCAUCACGGGUGAAGAGCCCCUUGAAGAUGCUGCAGCUCUCCUGCAGACGGGAGGAGCAAUCUUUCGAUCCAACUUCGAUGCCAGUGAGGUAGCCAAUGACUCCGAUGCUCGUUGGGUGCUGGAGGGCACCUCGGAGCAUGAUCGUCAUGAGAUCUAUUUUGGUCGAGACGUCACAAUCCUCGUCGGAACGAUCGGCAAGGGAAAGUAUGUCUGGUGGAACUGUCCUCAUCGGGAUGCGAGCAAAGCCACUGAGAACUGGGUGCAAGCAGCCUCUGUGGCACCCGUUCUUGCAUACAUUCAGGAUUGGCCGAUAGCGAGGAAGCUUAGUGCCGUGAUCUCCAAGACACCUCAAGGGAAAUGUUUCAAUCAUGCCCUCGUUACUCGAAAGCCAUUGGGCACCUGGGUGUCUCAGCAGGGCCGAAUGGUCCUCAUCGGAGACGCAGCUCACCCGUUUCUGCCACAUACCGGACAGGGCGCCAAUCAGUCCAUCGAAGAUGCAGCCGUGGUUGCCAUCUGCCUUCGACUAUCGUCUCUGGCAAUGGAAGAUGGUGAAGGCGAUGGCGUCCCACUCGCCCUGCGGGCCAUGGAAAAGUUGAGACACAAACGGGUCUCGGUCAUCCAGCAAGGCUCUAUCGAGGCCCAAGAAGUCAGCCUCGAGGCCGAUCUGGACCAAAACGCAUCCAGUGAUCGCUUCAACGCGAUCGCACGUCCAGCCUGGAUCCACUGCUAUGAUUGUGUCAGCCAUACCCAUGAAGAAUUUGAUCGUGUGGUGGAGGCAGUGAGGAAGGGCACUGAGUACAUCCCAACGAACGUUCCAGUGGAUGGCAAAUUCCAUGCAGAGGAUGAUUAUAGGCUGGCUAUGGGAGCUUCUGAAUAA